GCGGCUUGUGCACGCGCUCUUGCCUCUCAGUCUCAGCGCGCGACAUAUGGGCACGCGAAUUUAAACCGCAACAAUAUCAAUAUCGUCCAACGACCAGGAUACUCGCGCAUAUUCGCAUCCCGUCCAGAAAACUUCCUGGAAACUUCGCAGGCGUAAUUUGACGGAUUACAAAUUCUUCAUUUCAGGCACGGAAGACAAGAAUUAACUGUCAACACACUGUUUCAAAAAGGGAUUGCAAUGUUUCCGAACAAGGCGAUAAUCUUGGUGCUUCUUUUCUUUGGCAACGCAGUUUCUCUGCAGGUCAAUAUUACACCUGCACAGGGAGAGAUCAGUGUUGGAGAAUCUCGAUUCUUUUUGUGUGAAGUUAUCGGUGGGGCCAAGGAAAUCGACUGGUUUGCUCCAACCGGGGAAAAAAUUGAGCCAGGCAGACUGGAUGUAAGCGUGAUUCGCAAUGAUGAGACAUCCUCCACUCUCACCAUCUAUAACGCAAAGGUUGACAACGCCGGCACAUACAAAUGUGUGGCCAGCAGUGGAGAUAGGGAAGCCGAAGCCACCGUCAAUCUGAAGAUAUACCAAAAAAUUACUUUCACAAAUGUCCCAUCACCUCAAGAGUUCACUGAAGAGGACAAUGCCAUUAUAGUGUGUGACGUCAUAAGCUCACCUCCACCCAACAUCCUCUGGAAAUACAAGGGUGCAAAAAUCCAGUUCGAAAAAGAUGUCCGUUUCAGGAUUUUGAAUAACAACCAUCUCCAAAUCCGAGGGAUCAGGAAGACCGACGAGGGUGUCUACACUUGUGAGGGCCGCAUUAAAGCCCGUGGAGAGGUUGAUUUUCGGAGCAUUAAAGUGGUUGUUAACGUCCUUCCCACUAUACGAAUCCGUCAAGCGGAAACAAACGGCACCGCUGACAUGGGUUUCUCAACCCUGCUGGCCUGUGAUGCUGACGGAUUUCCUGAGCCGAUGGUGACCUGGACACGGAACAACAUUCCACUGGAGAGCGGCAAAAAAUACAACUUCAAUGAAGACGGCUCUGAGAUGACAAUACAAGAUGUGACAAAGCUGGACGAGGGAGAUUACACAUGCAUUGCUAAGAACAAAGCUGGGGAGAGCGAACAAGAACUUAGCCUUAAAGUCUUUGUGAAACCCAAAAUCACAUAUCUGGAAAGCCAGACUGCAACUGAAAUGGAUGAACAGGUCACAUUAACAUGCGAUGCCACCGGAGACCCCACACCCACCAUCACGUGGAGCUUCGGCACCCGGGUCUUCACCGAGGGAGAGCAGGAGCACCAAAAAAGGAUUUAUCAGGCCUCUUGGACUCGACCGGAACAGCACAAGGAUCUUGAUGGUUACGUGUUGGUCCGCAGUGACGCCCGUGUGUCUUCUCUCACCCUAAAGUACCCUCAGUACAGCGACGCCGGCGAGUAUCUCUGCACCGCCCGCAAUGCCAUUGGAGAGACGGCGCAGCCCGUGUAUCUGGAAGUGCGCUAUGCACCGAAAAUCCUGGGCUCAGUAACGGUGUACACGUGGGAGGGUAACCCAGCCAACAUCAGCUGUGAAGUGCUGGCUCACCCCAGCAAUGUGUCUAUUACAUGGCUGCGAGACGGCGUCCAGCUGCCUAAUGCUAACAUCUCCAAUAUCAAGAUCUAUAACAUGCCUUCCGCCAGCUACCUGGAGGUCAAUCCAGAGUCUCAGAGCGACUUUGGCAACUACAACUGUUCUGCCUCCAAUGAGAUCGGGACCGAAUCCAAAGAGUUCAUCGUGAUCCCAGCUGAUGUGCCUUCGGCGCCAUCCAUCACUCAAGUGCAGCCGUACUCCAGCACAGCUCAGGUGCUUUUCGAGGAGCCCGAGUCCACUGGAGGAGUUCCUGUGCUCAAGUACCGAGCCGAGUGGAGAGCCGUGGGCCGAGGGAAAUGGGUGCAGCAAAUCUAUAGGGUGAAAGAUGCAGGACUGAGUUCAGUCACAGUCACCGGCCUUAAACCCGAAACCGAUUACGAAGUCAAGAUUUCUGCCAUUAACGGCAAGGGCGAAGGUGACAGAAGCCAAUCCAUGGUCUUCAAAACCGAGCAUGUCCGAGAGCCAAGUCCCCCUAUACUAGAGGGCACUCUACAACCUGAAGGCAAUUCUCUCAAAGUUAAAUGGACCAAACAAGAUGAUGGAGGGUCACCAAUCACACAUUAUUUGGUCAAAUACAAAGCUAGGAAAGACUCUGCCUGGAAGCCUGAGAUCUGUCUGUCCAAUGUGAGUGAGUAUGAAAUGCUGAUCGGGCUGGAGUGGGACACGGAGUAUGACGUGUUCGUGAUGGCAGAGAACCAGCAGGGCAAGUCCAAGCCUGGCACUCUGACCUUCAGAACCUCAUCGGAGCCUGCAGCUACCACAGACUCCAUGGAAGAUGGCACGGGCUUGAACACUGGAGUAAUUGUUGGUAUUCUUAUACUGGUGUGUGUGCUGCUCUUGCUGAUCGUGGACGCCACCUGCUGCUUCCUCAAUAAGUGUGGCAUCCUCAUGUGCAUCUGCGGUAAACCCGGACAAGGCACCAAAGGCAAAGACAUAGAGACAGGCAAAGCUGCCUUUGUUCAAGAUGUGUCUAAAGAGCACAUUGUAGAAGUGAGGACAGAAGAAGAGGCCACAGCCAAUCAUGAUGCAGAAGGCCAUCCUGAGCCCAAUGAGACAACGCCGCUGACCGAACCAGAGCAAGUUACGGAAACUGCCUCUGUGGUGGUGGACUUGCCUCUUUCCCUUCCCACUAACUCAGACACAGUCACUGACACCUUUGACCUUAGUCAGAGCAGCCCAGUUAGCGAGAGCACCACUCUCACCUCCAGCAUCACAGCACCUCCCUCCGACUCUCCUAACCCCGUCCACCUGACACCACCCAACAGCAGCACGCCCAAAUCUCACACCAAACUCUCCAGCUCAUCUCCCCCGUCUUCCGACCCGAGUAAAGUUACUCUCCUGGUAGACCUGGGUGAUUCCCCAGAACCACAAGCUGAGGUUCCUCGUGUGGUCCCUUCAGAAGAACCAGUCCCAGUGCCUCCUCCUCCCCACUUCAACGCAGUCCAACCAGCUUCUGUAAACUCAAAAAACACAGAAAACGAAUUAGAGUCGCCCGAGUCUCAUGCCACUUUAAAUCCCAUCAGCCCACAGGGCAGCGUCGCAAUCCCCUUAGUGAAUCAUGAACAUGAGAUUGACGGAGAGCUCCCACUGGCUCCAGCCACAGACGUCCCUCAGGAUGGGUCACAUGCUGUGGGGACAGCUGGCUCCGGUGGCCCAUCUGUUCCAGCACAGGACGAGAAAAUAUUGGAUAAUGAGAAGAGUACGACUGAAAACGCAGACCUGAAGAAAGUUGCGUCAGGAACUGGAGCAGAAGCCAGCGCCCUCACACAAACAAACGCCACUUAAAGUAAAGCAUGAGAGGACAAGUGAAGGAUGAAAAGCGUCGUGGUGACCAUGAACGUGUUUGUUUAACAGUGCCCUUAAUGAAUUUUCUGAACAAAACAUUGUAUCUACAGACAGAAGUUUCACGUACAAUGUACUGUAUGUAUGCUUUUUUUAUUUUUGUUGAUUUAAGUGAAACUUCCAGAAGUUUCUGUAUCAGAGUUAAACAGACAUCAAAUUCAUAUAAUUCAAAGAUAUUCUUAUAGAGGUUCUUGUGUUUCUUUUUUUUUUCUGUCAGAUAAUUAUUAUAGCAGGUCAUUAAGUUAUUCAGGAAAAUGAUUUAUUCAGUAAUACACAUGCGAUUUAUUUACAAAGUACAUUGUUAAAAUGUAAAUGAUUUCUCCUAUUUUUUUAUCAUGAGUGUUUGAGGGCUAGGUUCGAUUUGUUGUUAGUUUUGUAUUUUAUUAUAUUUUAUCAUUCUAUUUUAUUUACUCUUUACUAUUUUGCCUGUUGAAUGAUAACUCAUAAUGGCAGUUAUGUAAAGACAAAAUAUCCUAAGAUAUUUUAAAAUACUGUUAUAUGAACGAAAGUCUGAUAAAGAUUUCAAAUUAACCAUUUGAUUCGCUGCUGAAGUCUUUAUUAAAUCAGUUUUUACAAUUAUCGUGUGUUUCUAAUGUUUGGGAUUUAUACAUUAAAUGUUCCUCCAACAUGCUCCUAAAGCAUCAACCCGAACUAAAAUAUCUGCUCAUUCUUAUACCUUGUACCUCUGGAGAAAAGUUUAACACCGUCACCUGCAAGC